AACAUGUUUCAAUGAAAUUCUAACCAUUUGAUCUACUGUAGUUAGUCAAGGGUGACAGAAAUUGCAUAUCUUCAAUGACAACUAGACAAUUCAUAAACAAUGUAUGAAAAAGUAAGCUUAUAUAAAAAGCAAAGAUACUGCGGAUCUAUUAUUUUAUUAGGGGCGAGCGCCCAUUAUAAAGUUCAAAUACUAUUUCGUUAAUGUAAAAAAAAUCAAGAAGAAUAUCGAAAAGGAUAACAAAAAUUAGAAUAGGCAUAGAUACGUACGAAAAUAAAUAAAUAAUUUAAUAAUACUGUUUGCUUUAACCCUUUUCCGUCCGGGGGUGAGGGGAGGAUUCCGUUCUUCCUCUCAUUUCUUUAUAAAAACUCUAUUUUGCUAUGCUGCAAGGUUAUCAAACUUACUGAUUUUUCAUAUUUAUUUAUUAGGCACCUGCGUGUCAAAAGUUUAGGUUCAAUACGCCCCCACGCAACUUUAUUUUAAUAAAAGGAGUUAAAUUCUUAACACAUGAUAAAUCCGAGGUCCUAUUAUUCUUGGGCAACUUGAGACUUUAAAAAGAAUGUGAAAAUUCGCUCUACAUCUAAAGUAAUUGAAUUUUAAGCAAAUAGUGGUAUUCCGGCCAAAUUUCAAGCUUUCUAUGACUGCCAUAACAAAAAUUUAUUGGCACCAUUUGGUUCCUUUUAUGACGUAUUAUAAGUGUGGUAAGUUUGAUUCAAAUUGGACAAGCCUAUAAAUCCCGGACCGAAUAAGCCUUAAACAUAUUUUACGUUCCGUGUUUUUUAAUUUUUUAGAUGUUAGCGUUAAUGCUCAGUUUGUUAUGACGAUAGAAAUCAUAUUGCCUUUGUUACCUGCCUUUACUUUGCGCUCUGAAAUCACCACGGAUAAUGAAGAUUAUGUUUUCAUGAGUAUAGACAAUGUUACAGUAAGCUUCAUUGGCUCUGGUAUAAAGUUAAAUGGAAGUCAAGUAGUAAAGAAUAGUUCAAUUCAAGGAUAUGGAAAUAUAGAUAUUGUCAAAGGAGCUACAAUUGAUUUUGGCAACGUACAGAUUUCAAAUGAAUCAACUAUUUCUCAAAGAACUAUUCUUGUGUCGUGUGUUAUCAAAGUCAAUCCUCACCCAAUGUUAAUGGAAGGAAGUAGCCAUUAUAUCGGUUUUGGUGUCCAAGCGGGACCAAUAUUUUUAGUAGCAAAGAAUAAAUCUGUUAUAAUUCAGGCAAAUGCGGAACGAGAUUUGUAUUUGAUGAUGGAAAAACCUGCAAAUAGAUCCUCUUGGUUAUUUAGUGGUGACAAUGUGAAUAUAACAUACAAAAUUGGUUAUACAACAAAUUCAAUAGUUGCAGACAAUCUUUUAGCAAUUUUUUCAACGAAAUAUUUUCUUCUUACAAAUGUAUAUCAAUCUGGUGUUAUUCCACCGUUUGGUUCAAUCAAUGCAACAGCGUACAAAGUUGAUCUAGGCACCACACUAAAACAAGGUACACCUACGAAACGUUACAUUAAAUACUUUAAGAGUAGUUCUGUACUAAAUAUUUAACUUUUCUAACAGGUGAUGCAUUUCAAGGUGAAUUAGAGUUGACAUUAAAAAGUAACAUUAGCCCGCUUCUUAAACUUUCAA